UCUGAAUCGUCAACAAAAAAGACUUUUGAAAUAUGGUAUGCAAUACAAAUUUGUUUUAUGUCUGCCCCGUCAACUAUGUAAUAUGGACAGUAUAUGGUAUAAAAGAAGUACCUAUUCGUAACAGAUCUUUAUAACUAUUUUCUAUCAUUGAGCCUAAGCGGACACAUUCUUAAUAUUUGAAUGUGAAAAUAUCACAUUAAACACAUUUCACCAUGGCGCCUCAAAUCGUUCUAAUUACCGGUUGCUCAACAGGCAUCGGACUUGCCACUGCCACUCGUCUCGCUCUCGACAACGAUAAGCGAUACAUCGUCAUCGCAACGGUCAUUUCGAUGUCGGAAAGGGCGGAGCUGAUGAUUUCCGUGGGCGACGCCCUUGAUAAAACAGUUUUCAUCAAAGUUUUAGACGUAACGGAUGAUGAGAACAUAUCUUACGUGGUGGACAAUGUCAUUAAUACUCAUGGGCGGAUCGAUGUUUUGAUUAACAAUGCAGGGGUCAUAGCCGUCGGGAUUCCCGAGCAGAUCAGGCGGGAGAAGAUCGACAAUCUGUUCAGUGUGAACGUGAUCGGGAAUAUGAGACUUACGCAAGCUGUCCUGCCUCACAUGAAAGAGAGGAGAGCUGGGAAGAUUGUUUCGAUGUCAAGUGGUUUAGGAAGGCAAGGUAAUAUCAUCAAUACCAAUGAUACCCAUGAUACUAGGCGUGGAUCCAGGAAUUUUCUGAAGGGGAGUAAUUGA